AUGGCCUUGAAGGAGGCUCGUCUAGCUUCAGUUCCUGAACUCAGCAACACUCAGCCUUUAGAAGGGACCUUGCAACCUGAACGUGAGAACCUCAUUUUGGUGUACGGAGGCUCGUUCAAUCCCCCGCACCGAGGACACAUAAAUGCGUUGUUAUCGGGGCUAAGGCCAGAAAUAGCGGCAAUUGCAAUCAUCAUCCUACCGACCGAGGAUUUUCACCUGAGGAAUAAGAUUGCCAACAGUCACCCAGACUUCUUCCUUCAACAGAGUCGCAGAGCGAAUAUUAUGGAUGCUAUUCCUUCGAUCCCCAAGGGAAAGGUCUGGGUGUGGACAAGCACUUGGUACCCCUUCAAACCAUUUAUGGAGGCCUUGGUUCGGUUGACAGAGGCGGACGGAUUCAAGACGGUAUUCGUCAACCUCAUUGGACCGGAUAAAGUGAAUCCAAGAGAUCCACUCAUGUUAAAGCCAUAUAAGCUCGCAAGGGUCCUAGUCACAAACAAAUCCAGACAUAUUGCUACUGAAUUUCUUCCGAACGGCAAGCCAGCAAUGUGGAAUGGAUUCGGGGAAUGGACCUGUUGCAUGACUAGCUAUGAAGAUGAUAACACGGGUGCUGGCCCUGAAGAGAUUGUGCUGUGGUCGUGCAAGGGUCUAGAUGACAGUAUUCCCGGCAAGAUUGGUUACUAUCUGCAAUAUGCAAGGCCUCGCUCUACUGGUAUCAACUCGACAAACAUUCGACGGGCUUUGACUGAAAGGCACUUUGAUGAAACAAGCCUCAACCACCUGAGCACUGAAGCUCUGUUGGAUCUCUUGGAACCAUUCUUGCAAGAAAAUUGA